UGGGAUGACAACUUUAACAACACAUUUUGACGCGUAUAAUCUAACACCAUCUAAGAAGAAGAAAGACGUUUACACGAAAAUUCUUUUCUUCCCCGACACCAAUGUGGAUUAUAAAAGAAUAUUCGGUAAUGGACGAAUUGUCAGGCGUAACGAUUUACGGAGCGACACUUCGUUAGGAUGUCUGCUUCUCUUUGGAGAACUCAAGUGCUGAGUUAUGAACGUUGGUGUAUAUCUAAUUACCAGUCCGUUUUUGGCUAAUAUCAUUAUAAAACGUCCCGAGGAAGGAGUGAGAAUAAGGGUUUUUACUAAUAAAGAUAACACAGGCGAUGGGACGGCUUUGGCUGAGGCACAGAUUGAAAGGUUCCAUAGAAAAGGUUCGUCGAGAAAACACUUUGCGACGUGUCAACGAGUUGUCACUAGAAGUAAUCUCCUUCCGGCGGAUGAAGAACAAACAGCGAGGGUAUCCAGACUUGCUUCGACCACUGAUGCAUUCCUGAAGUUCCAAACCAAACCGAACUUAGACGAAACUGAAGCAUAGCAGUCAGAACACACAGUUCGACAUACCUAAUGCAUCAUUAAUGAUGGGAUCUGUGAACUGGACAACGAAAGCGCUUGCAGGUACAGUACUGUAAUCACGUUAUUUACCAAUGAAGAAAGCGUAGUGAAAGC